GAUAAAAAAUUCUCUCGAGUUAAUCUUCUUCAGAGGAAACACAGUCCAGACGAUCAAAAAGUAUACACGAUCAAAGAGUCAACGUCAAAAGUGGAGACAAACGGAGUGAGAGAGAGAGGGAGUUCACUUUAUAAGUCGAGGAGAGAGAGGCCAUUACAGGCUCAAGCAGAGAGAGAGAUGGAGAAGAGGGUGGGCAUAGUAGGAGCAGGCUCAAGUGGGCUCAUUGCAUGCAAGCAUCUGAUGCAAAGGGGCUUCGACCCGAUAAUUUUCGAAGCAAAAGGAAGAAUAGGAGGGAUUUGGACUAAAACCAUAGAAUCCACAAAGUUGCAGACACCUAAAGAUGCCUAUCAAUUCUCAGACUUUCCAUGGCCAGAGAGUGUAACAGAGGAGUUCCCCAACCAUGAUCAGGUCUUGCAAUAUAUAGAGUCUUAUGCCAAGCACUUUGGGGUGGUAGAAAGAGUGAGAUUCAAUAACAAAGUGUUGGGGUUGGAGUUUGUUGGGGCGAGAGAGGAAGAUCAGCUUUCAUGGGGGCUUUGGGGAGGGAAUGGAGAGGCCUUUGGGUCCAAAGGCAGAUGGGACAUCACUGUUGAAGAUACCAACUUUGGAUCCACAGAGGUGCAUCAAGUCGAGUUUGUGGUCCUAUGCAUCGGACGGUUCGGAGAUGUUCCCAAGUUGCCCCUGCUCCCUCAGAACAAUGGUCCCCAAGUUUUCAAGGGAGAAGUUAUGCAUGCCAAGGAUUACUCUGAGUUGAGUAGCUCAGAAGCAGCCUAUGCGGUUCGGGGGAAGCGAGUCGCCGUUGUCGGAUUCCAGAAGUCAGCCCUAGACAUAGCUGCUGAAUGUGCCCGUGUAAAUGGAAAGCAAAUUCCAUGUAAUGUGAUAUUGAGGGAGCCUCAUUGGAAUGUUCCUCAUUACUUGCCAUGGGGUGUGCACUUGGCUUAUCUUUAUUGCACGCGUUUCUCAGAGUUAUUAGUGCACAAGCCUCAGGAAGGGUUUCUCCUUUCUCUUCUAGCCACUCUUCUUUCUCCAGUGAGAUGGGGGAUAUCCAAGUUUGCGGAGAGCUAUUUAAGAUGGAAGCUGCCAUUGAAGAAGUAUGGAAUGGUACCAAACCAUAGCUUUCUUUUGCAGAUAUCAUCAUGCCAACUCAGUACAUUGCCUCCUGAUUUCUAUGACAAGGUAGAAGAAGGUAGCAUUUUACUAAAACAGGCCCCAAAGUGGGGCUUUUGCAAGGAGGGCCUCAUUCUCAAUGAUAAAUCUGAGCCGUUGGAUAUGGAUUUGGUGAUCUUGGCCACGGGCUAUGAUGGCGAUCAGAAGCUCAAAGGCAUUUUCCAAUCCCCCACCUUUCAGAAAUACAUUAUGCGAUCGGAAACAAACACUCUUCCACUCUACAGGGAAAUCAUCCAUCCACGGAUACCCCAAUUGGCGGUGAUUGGAUACUCAGAGAGCCUAUCAAACUUGUUCACAUCAGAGAUGAGGAGCCAAUGGCUCUGCCAUUUUCUCGACGGUGGCUUUCGCUUACCCUCAAUAAAGGAGAUGGAGGAUGAUCUGAAGAAGUGGGAAGCCUACAUGAAAUCGUAUGCCGGAAAAUAUUAUUGGCGGUCGUGUAUCGGAGUCCUCCAUAUAUGGUAUAAUGACCAGCUAUGUAAGGACAUGGGCUACAAUCCUAAAAGAAAGAAGGGAUGGUAUGAUGAGCUCUUUAGCCCCUAUGGCGUAAUGGACUACUGCAAGCUCUAAAGUAGUGUGUACAAAAGCUAUAAGAGUUUGCAAUGGAAGGGUUAUGAAUAAGUGCUCAUUCGAAUCAUUAUGUUACCAAAGAUUGAGCACAUAGUAAUUUACCUGUUAAUUUAUUGAGUACAUAAAGCUAUUCAUUUUGAUGAAGGAUUAUGUGGUCAUAUGAUGUUUUGGCAAACGGUGAGACUGUUUCAACAAGGACAUAAUCAAGUAUGUUUUCUUUC